UCGGCAUCCGCGGUCUCGCAUCUCACUUCUGUCAUCUCCACAAAGCAGCCUACAGGAGCACAGUGCUUACACGGGGCUGAAAGUAACCAAAAUCAACAUAACAACUGGAUUUGAGAUAAACAUCAGUUUGAGCGGACUUUUUUACAGAAAUCUGUGGUUGUGAUUUAGCUGCCCACCAUAACAGACGUUUCAGUUUUAAAAUGCAAACCUCCCCGAAUGGCUUUGUUCACCCAUGUGGAUUUAUGCCGUACUGUCAGUGGUAGUACCAACUCGAUUUACUCCUUCAGUUUAUCCUUUAAGGGAAGACUUCAGGAUGAGAUGGACAGUCCUGCUCUUGAAAUACGUCUUGGUGAAAGUUCUGGUGCUGUUGGGCAGCGCGGACGGGCAGCUCGAGGGCUUUAUAAUGCUGUCAGGAUCCAAUGGGUCCCGUGAUGAGGAGAGCAGCGUUUCAGAGCCUCCACAUAUUGAGGACAAAUGUCGGGGUUACUACGAUGUGAUGGGACAGUGGGACCCGCCGUUCGUUUGCCGAACAGGCAAUUAUUUGUAUUGUUGCGGCACUUGUGGCUUUCGAUUUUGCUGCGCUUAUAAAAACUCUCGCUUGGAUCAAAGCACUUGUAAAAACUACGAUACUCCAGUGUGGUUAACAGGACAGACGCCAUAUAAGAAAAAAGACCCCAGACACGAUCCAACAAGAGAUAAAACAAACAUGAUUGUGUAUGUAAUUUGUGGAGUAGUGGCGAUCAUGGCACUAGUCGGGAUAUUUACAAAACUCGGACUAGAAAAGGCUCAUAGACCUCAUAGGGAAAGUAUGUCUCGAGCGGUGGCAAGUGUGAUGCAAGGCGCCCGUCAGAGUCAACACGAGGAGGCCAUCGGGAUGCACACACAGCAUUACGACACAGUGCAGGCGAGAGCACACAACAUGCAAGGUGGGCAGAUAAGCAACAUGAUGCAAACUCGCCCGUAUCCAGCUCUCAGUCAGCUGUCUCAUGUCUACGAACAACAACAACAUCCAGCAAAAGAAGUCAACAAAUAUGCUUCGCUAAAGGCUGUGGCGGAUAAAGCCAACGGUGACCUUCUCAACAAGCAGCACCGUCACCUGGUUGAGUUGGCAGCUAAGGGAACGCUCCCCCUUCAUCCGGUACGAAUUGAGCAUGUCGAGCCCACUGCCUCUUACGUCACGGAGGUCCCAUGCCUGAAACAAAAUGGACAGAAACCCAAAAGCAGUAAACCCAACGUGGCCCACCCUGCGAUGGCCUACAGUUCAAAUACCAUAGCAAACCCGGGCAUGCUGAGGAGCUGGGAGGCUACAGAAACGGUGGGUCGCCGCAAGACCUAUGGCACGAGGAAGCUGUGCACGGUACAACAGGUUAAUGAGCUACACACUGCCCGCAGUCAUCAUUACUUACCCACGCAACCCUACUUUGUAACCAACAGUAAGACAGAAGUCACUGUGUGAAAAUCUGACUUUCCUGAGGAAAACAGCAGAGGGAUGAAAGUGAAAUGACUUUUUGCGCUGCCCCUAGUGGACUGGAGGCAUAAGUGAGCAUGUCAAAUUAUGACUGGCACAUUAUCAGCUGACUCUGAGGCCAGGAACACUUGGAAAUGUUUCACUAAUGUAUACACGCUAACAAUGAUUUAUUUCGUCAAUGACAUGGUUAAAAGCAAAAGAAGGAAAGAAUUGGAAUAAGAAAACAUCAAACAAGAAAUAGCAAUACGAUCUAAUAAAGUUAUACGGCUAUAAAGAGACAUAACAGAAAUGAAACAUUCCACAUUAUUGAUCCCAGAUAUUAAAGGGCUGGCAUGGCUGGUAUAAAAUACAAGGUGAUGUGAAAUAAUACACAGGAAAUGCAUCAGUUGCAGAUAUUGAUUUAAUGAGGAACCUUGUUUUUAUAAGUGGUAUAAAAACACUGGAGUGAAAAACAAAUGAACUUGUUUCAGGCUGUGCCUUUAACAGGACAGUAUAAAGCAACUAACAACUAAAAGCUUGAAAUAUAAAGAGUAUCAGUGAAGGUGGCCACAUAUACAAAAUAUUUAACGCCAACAAGGUAGCAUUGUCAUGACGCAAGCAACACUGUUAAAAGGACACCAAGGCACAUUUUGUGUCGGGCAGUACUUGAUCUUUGAAAACAAUUUUUGGAAAUAUGUGUUUGGUCUGAUUUUUGCGUAAAUUUGGCAUUAAUUUCUUACGUGUACUCUCAUAAGAGCAUGUUGAAAUAUUUGUUAAGACGUUUCUUAACAUCAGUAGGUGUAUCGGCCACAUUUCUUGCAAGACUUUUUGCACUUUCACAAUGUGUCGUAUGGAAGGUUCAUUUUUUUUUUUUAUUUAUUCAUUUAUUACCCAGACAAAUGAGACUUACAGUGAAAACACUAUAAAAAUAUAUAUAAAUACCAUUGCCAGUAUGUGUAUGCACACUAUAAAGUACAUUGUGCCAAGAAGUAGCUGGUUAAAGUUGCUGUGUUCAGUUAUAAUUUAACAUAAUUUCUUUUGGGUUUUAUUAAACCGUAAGUUUGAUAGAAAAUGUUUCUGUUGCUUCGUCAUAAUAUAAUGGAUUUCUAGCUUCGGUAAUGCAGAUGUACUUUAAAAUGGAGUAAAAGUACUGGAAUAAAAUGAGCUUUUUAUUUCCA